AUGAGAUACAAGGUGCCAAUGUGUUUAUCGAACCUACCAGCGAUGGCAGGGUGUCAGACGGCGAUUCUUGUGAGGAAGGAAGAAGAUAUUUACUUCCAUAAUUUAUCUCGUCGCCAGUUACUUGCGCUUGCAAGUGUUACUAUGAGGCGUCCGUUUGAUGAGGAAAGCAUUCUUAGCGAGGGUGAGGAACCCGUUAUGACAGAAACAGCGCCAAUGAAACGAGAUAGUCAUGGAAUGUUACGCAGGAAAGGACGGGGAUGGGAACGCGGAAGGGCUCGCAGAAGAUCGCGCGGUAGAGGGCCUAGAAUAGGAGGGGAAAGAGAUGGUAGAGCAUCGCUUGAUCGUGGUGAAGUUAUGGCAAACGAAGAUGUGGAAUCCGAUGAUUCAUCACCGUCAUCACUGGAGCAAAAGAAUCGCAGAAGGGCACGCGGAAGAGGGCGAGGAACAGCUACUCAAUACCAGGGUAAUUAUGGCACCACCCAAAAAAAAAUUCUAAAAAAGAUCAGACACAAGAAAAAAGAAUGUGAGAGGUGA